GGCAGUGCUGAAGGAUUAAUGCCUGACCAGCCGGUCGGGGGGCUUAUGGGGUGGGAUACACAUAGGCCUUAGUUCACAGCAUUUGUCUUCAUAUUCCGUGGAUUCUGUGUCUGUACUUGAUCAUUUAUUGACCAAUAUGAUUUGGACCUUGGUUUGGUCCUGUGCUGUGCUGUGUGCCUGCGCAAAAGCUGAGCAGAAUAUUCGGAACAAGUAUGUGACAACCAAUCUAGAUGCCAAAUGGAAGCAAACACCCCUUAUUCACGAGGUCAGCGAGUAUUUGAGCGAAGAGAACAGUGAAUACUUCUGGGACUUUGUGGAUGAGACUUGCUCAAAUCAGUUUGAUGCAGCGCUGUCGGACCGCCAGCGCUACGAGCGGCUGCUGACGCUGGCCGGCCGCUACCUCAGCGAGGCCCAGCUGGGCCUGCUGCGGCUCUCGCUGUCGCUGCGCCGCCACUCGCCGCGCGCGGCGCUGUCGCAGCAGCUGGCCUCCCAGCUGGAGCGGCCCGACUGCGCCGCGUUCGUCCAGCUGGGCGAGCGGCUGCUGUGCGGGGCCGGCGAGCUGGCGGAGGCGGCCGCGGCCGCCGCCAGCCAGCCGCCGCCCGAGACGUACCCCGUCGACCAUCACUACAAGGAGGGCCCGGCGCCAGCCACGGCCAUCCUGUACGGCGAGCUGGGCACGGAGCCACUCUGCCGCCUGCACCGGGAGCUGAAGACGCUGGCCGAGGCGAAACGGAUCGACUACGUGCUGCGGCAGUGUGUCAAGGAGCCGGCGGCUUCCAAAGUGCGUCUGUCCGGCUACGGCGUGGAGCUGGCCAUCAAGUCGACCGAGUACAAGGCGCAGGACGACACCAAGGUCAAGGACGAGGGCUCGGGCGACGCCGAGCUACAGGACCAGCACGACGACGUCGAGGGAUUCGUCUUCUCGCGGCUGAGGGAGCUGCACCCGGAGCUGUCGGCCAACCUGAGCGCCUUCCAGCGUCAUCUGGUGGCGUCAAGUGCCGACAUGGCGCCGCUGAAGGUGUGGCAGCUGCAGGACCUCAGUCUGCAGGCGGCGCAGCGCGUGGCCCAGGCGCCGCCCGAGGAGGCGCUGCGCCUGAUGACCGGCCUGGCGCAGAACUUCCCCUCUAUGGCUAGAACCCUAAUCAAGACCAAAGUGGAGAAAGCUCUGAAGACCGAAAUUAAGAACAACCAUAACCUGUAUACCAAGUCGCUUAACCUAGAAUACGCCGAUUCGGCCCUAUUCGCCAACGGCAUGUUCUUCGACAUGGAAACCACGGACAUCUUCACACUGUUCGAGCAUCUGCGCGAGGAGCAGAAGGUCAUGGAAGGCCUAUUUCAUCUUGGCAUCCCCAAGUCUGCUUUCGACGACCUGCUGCGGCUGGAUCUGACCGCGGCCUCGGAGGGCUUCGCCGUCGACUUCCGCGACACGGCCGUCAACUGGAUCAACGACAUCGAGCGUGACCGGCAGUACGCCAAGUGGCCGUCGCACGUGACGGAGCUGCUGCGGCCCACCUACCCGGGCAUGCUGCGCACGGUCCGCAAGAACAUGUACCACCUGGUGCUGGUGCUGGACCCCAGCCGGCGCUCGUCGCUGGACCUGCUGACGCUGGCGCAGUCGCUCUUCACCAACCAGAUGCCGUUCACGCUGGGCCUGGUGCUGGCCGUGACCCCCGACCCGGACGUCACCGGUCUGCAAGACGCCGGUGUCGCCAUGGCCGAGGCCUUCAACUACGUGCUGCGCGAAGAGAAGGCGCCGCGCGCUCCCUUCAAGGCGCUCAGCUUCCUCGUCGACGUUCACGCAGCCUCAUCGGGCGGUGACGUGAGCGUGGAGGACGUGAAGCGCACGCUGGGGAAGCUGUACCCGGCCGCCGACGUGGCGGACGUGCUCGGCGAGAUGUCGGACUACGACGCCGGCCGGACGCUGGCUCGUGACUACGUGACGCGGCUCGGCGCCGGCAGGCGCCGCAGGUACGGAGGAGUGUGUGUGAGGGUGCUGUUUAACGGUGCGCCGCUGCCCGUGCGCUCGAUCUCGGCCGACACGGUGGAGGAGGCGGCGCUGCAGGAGCUGAUGAAGGCGUUGCACCAGUUCACCAAGGCCGUCUACAGGCAGGAGCUGACCGACGGCGAUGAUGUGGCCGAAUGGAUCGUGUCCCAGCCAAACGUCAUGCCCAGACUGAACGACCGCAUUCUGAAGUCGGAGAAGCGGCUGGUGGACUUCUCCGGGGAGCCGCGGUCGACCGAGGACGCGGCCGAGUUCAGCCGGCUGACGCCGCGCGACAUGAGCGCCUCUGUCGGCGGCCGGCUGAAGUACGUCAGCCGGCCGGCCUCCGUCCGGAUGCGGCCGCUCACCUACUGGCUGGCCGCCGACCUGGAGUCGGCCGAGGGCCGCCAGCUGAUGCAGGAGGCCGUGCUGCAGGUGAAGGGCUCGCGGGAGGUGCGGCUGGCGUUCCUGCCGAACCCGCACUCGCCCUCGGCCGAGAACUCGCACAACCGGCGGGCGCUGGCGGCGCUGCAGGCGCUGCAGGGCGAGACGCUCAUCAAGUACCUGCUGGCGCUCAGCGGGGACAAGAAGGAGCCGGAGGCGGCCCUCUCGGCGGAGGACGCGUCGGCGCUGUCGUCCGCCCUCGCGUCCCUGGGCCCGGACGCGCUCAACCUGUGGGCCACGUACGUGCGGCGCGUGCUGCACGUGCCGGGCGGCCGGCGGGCGCUCGUCGUCAACGGCCAGAUGGUGGGGCCGCUGGAGCCCGGCGAGGCGUUCGGCGAGGACGACUUCGCCCUGCUCGAGAAGUACACCUCCAACAGCUACGCCGGCCAGCUGGAGACGAAGCUGCUGCGCGUCAUGGAUGAGAUGGCAGUCGAUGACCUGAGUGAUGUGAUGAUGAAGGCCUCGGCUCUGCUCAACUCGCGCACGCUCAAGAAGGAGCGAUGGACCAUGCCGUCGCUGGAGGACAAGCACAGUGUGGUGCGUCUGCCGCCGGCCGACCGGUCGCUGCCGGCGUUCGAGCUGGUGGCCGUGUGUGACCCGGUGAGCCGCGGCGCGCAGCAGCUGGGCCCGCUGCUCGCCGUGCUGCACCAGGUGCUCAACGCCGACGUGCGGCUCGUGCUCAACGCCCAGGAGAAGCACAGCGACAUGCCGCUGAAGAGCUACUACCGGCUGGUGCUGGAGCCGGCGCCGCAGUUCUCGGCGGCUGGCGAGCUGCAGGGUCCCGUGGCGCGCUUCGCCGGCGUGCCCGGAGAGCCGAUCCUGACACAGCACUACCACGUGCCCGACAACUGGAUGGUGGAGGCGGUCGUGUCGCCGUACGACCUGGACAACAUUAAGCUGGACGACGUGGAGCACGGCGUGCACAGCGACUUCGAGCUGGAGCACCUGCUGCUGGAGGGCCACUGUUUCGAGCAGUCGUCGGGCAGCCCGCCGCGCGGCCUGCAGGUGACCCUAGGCACGGCCCGCCGCCCGGUGGUCGUCGACACGAUCGUGAUGGCCAACCUCGGCUACUUCCAGCUGAAGGCCAGUCCCGGCGCCUGGACGUUGCGCCUCCGCCAGGGCCGCUCGGCCGACAUUUACAAUCUGAUCAGUCUGGACGGCCAGGAGCUGCCCGAGCGCGCCUCGGGCGUCAGCGUGGUCAUCUCCUCGUUCCGCUCGCACGUGGUCAAGCUGCGCGUGGCCAAGAAGCCGGGCAUGGAGCAGCUGGACCUGCUCAGCGACGAGACGGACGAGUCGUCCGGCAUCUGGGGCAGCAUCAAAAGCACGUUCGGGGCCGGCGGCGGCGGCAGCUCGGGCGGCGAAGACAGGCUCAACAUCUUCUCGCUGGCUUCGGGGCACUUGUACGAACGGCUCAUGCGCAUUAUGAUGCUGGGCGUACUGCGGCAUACCAAAACGCCCGUCAAGUUCUGGUUCCUCAAGAACUACCUCUCGCCCACUUUUAAGGACCUGCUGCCGCUGAUGGCGCAGCGCUACGGCUUCGAGUUCGAGCUGGUGCAGUACAAGUGGCCGCGCUGGCUGCACCAGCAGACCGAGAAGCAGCGCAUCAUCUGGGGCUACAAGAUCCUCUUCCUUGACGUGCUCUUCCCGCUUGACGUCAAGAAGAUCAUCUUCGUCGACGCCGACCAGAUCGUGCGGGCCGACCUGAAGGAGCUGCGCGACCUGGACCUGGAGGGCGCACCCUACGGCUACACGCCCUUCUGCGACAGCCGGAAGGAGAUGGAUGGAUUCAGGUUCUGGAACCAGGGCUACUGGAGGAGCCACCUGCAGGGUCGCCGUUACCACAUCAGCGCGCUGUACGUGGUGGACCUCAAGAAAUUCCGCCAGAUCGCCGCGGGGGACCGGCUUCGUGGGCAGUACCAGGGUCUCAGCCAGGACCCCAACAGCCUGUCUAACUUGGACCAGGACCUGCCCAACAACAUGAUCCACCAGGUGCGCAUCAAGUCGCUGCCGCAGGAGUGGCUCUGGUGCGAGACCUGGUGCGACGACGCCUCCAAGAAGCACGCCAAGACCAUCGACCUGUGCAAUAACCCGCUGACGAAGGAGGCGAAGCUGAAGGCGGCCGUACGGAUAGCGCCGGAGUGGUCGGACUACGACAACGAGAUCAGGGAGUUCCAGGCGUCGGUGAAAGUCGGCCGAGCGAGCGCCUCGUCUCCAGGUGCCCCGACGCCGGCGCCCACAGUAGAACAUGAUCACGGCGGUGAGCUUUAGACGCCGAUCCUUGAGGUGAGCGCCGGCCGAUCUCACCGCUCUGGUGGUGAGCGCCCGUGACGGAUCUCCCUGGUGCGGUGGUGCUAAAGUCAGCGGCGCGCUCCGCCGGCGUCUGCGGUGCGGUGCUGCACCCCUCCGGUGACCCGCGGUGCAGUGCUGUAUCCCUCCGGUGCCCCGCGGUGCGGUGCUGUACCCUCCGGUGCCCCGCGGUACGGUGCUGCACCCCUCCGGUGCCCCGCGGUGCGGUGCUGUACCCUCCGGUGACCCGCGUGUGCAGAGCUGCACCACUCCGGUGACCCGCGCGUGCAGUGCUGCGCCACUCCGGUGACCCGCGUGCGCGGCCUCCCCGCGCCGGCGAAGCGUGGACGCUCGAGCGGGCGAAUGCUGACAUCGCCAGCCCGUGUGGUGGGGCGGACUCUUAGUCUCGAGCGCGCACCGAACGACCGAGGUGUGUCGUCGCUACUCAGUCGUCCCGCUCGCUGGUGCCCUGCGCGCAGACCGCUGAGCUCGUGCGCGCGGCGUGCGACUGGGAGGGAUCGCACAACCUGAGCGGGUCGCCGGGACAGCGGCACUAACGGCGGUCCGUGUGGUCAGCGCCUCCGGCAUUCCACGUGGUCUGGCGGUCAGCUGGGUGGGGUUGGGGGGCCGUCUGCCGUUUAUCCAUGUUUCUUGUGAGAGACGUCCCACGUUUCGGCAUCGCGCGCCUUCAUCUCUGGCCUGGUGAUGUCUCUGUGAAGGGUUUGGUGAUCCAUCUCAUGCCACGGUGUUGAAAUGAUCAUUAAACGCCUCGCACUACUCGAUGCAUUUUUUUUAUUAGAGUGCUGUUUCUCUAAACGAGUCGUUGAAUGAACUUUCUCUUCAAGGUUCGGAACGUCUCAUUCCGUCGGCUUUUUGUCGUCCAUAACUGGGGCAUCUAUCGCGUAUUUAGUGACAUCUCUCUCACUCAAGCGUACCGGCAUUUUGUGUCCAAAGACUUAACACUGGUUCAAAAGCAUUAAUUUGUUUUCAUUCCCAAGUAUGCAACGGUCCAUUGGCUUUUAUACACGCGCCUCAGCUAAAUUGGCUGCCCGAUUUUUUAUCGACGCGCGCCGUCGGUUCGCUGCCGCUCCGGCUCCGAGUUAGCGGCGGCGGCGGCGGCGGCAGGUUGGGCCGCGCACGGAACCCCAGCGCCUGUAUCGGCGCUGCUGCUCCGUAGUGAUGGGGUUGGCGCCCCAGGGCGACUCUCCGACGCUGCUGGGACGCCCGGGGCGACGUUGUGAUAAGGCGUGUGUGCUGAAUGUACUAUUCCGGGUCGUGUCGCGUCCGUGCGUGGGUCGUCCGGCGUGCAGGUGGGGGUGGCUUGCGCCGGGGGCGGCGGACGGGUGGACCAGAGAGGCACGUUCUCAUGCGCGGUGUCUCUCACGGGAUGGGUGCGGCUGGAAGGGCGAGGCAGUGGAUGGUGACUGUCGUGUUCAACAUAGGGAGAUUGUCACUUGUCUGCACGUGUGCUGCUGUUUGGUGUGUCGAUGCGUAGGCGCGUGGUGUAUGUGUAAUGUGUAUACCGUUCAAAUGAAUGCAUACUAUUACACGUGUCCGGGAGACACA